UCAGGGGGCCAUCUGGGGGUUUUGGGUUUUGGUGGUUCUAUGUUUUAUUUCUUGAUCUGAAUCUAGGUGCUAAUUACACUGUUCACUUGAAUAUUAAUUGAGCUGUUCUCCUAUGGUUUGUAGAAUAUACAUGUAUCUUCAAUAAAAAGUUCAUUAGGAAGUGUAUAUGAAUCUUCCUGUUCAUUAACUGUUUCUUCAACCUUGCCUUUUGGAAGUGAUUCUGUUUUCUUUCAGGCUUAAAGCGGCGUCAAACCAAUUGGAAGCCUCCUGCACAGAUUUAGGAGCCAAAACCGCCCACAUUCAACAGACCUCACCCAUCCUCUCCACUCUGCUCUCACGGUGGACUGUCUCCUGAAAGGUGCGCGGCCAGGAGGGGUCCCCUCGCGCUCCCAACUGUCCUUUACGCAAGCCAACUGCCAUUAUUCGGACUGGCAUCCAGGACAUGAAGCCAUGUUGUGCCUUCUGCUGCUUCUCAUCGGGCUCAUCGGGCUCCAGACGGACAAUAAUUCUGAAAGACUACGUGUGCAAAUUACAAUACCGGAGAAAAUACGGUCAACAUUAAGUGGAGGAAUUGAAUCCCAUGUGUCCUACAACAUUGUAAUUGAAGGGAAAACGUACACCGUGAACCUAAUGCAAAAGGCUUUUUUACCUCAUAAUUUUAGAGUUUAUGGUUAUAAUGGCACAGGAAGUAUGAAGCCUCUUGAACAACAGUUUCAGUGCAAAGAGAACAUUGAAAUGGAAGAAAGCAGUGCAAGAAAUGACAAUGAUAAAACAGGAAAAACUGAAGAAGGAAAUCGAACAAAUUUUUGCUACUACCGAGGGUUUAUUGAAGGUUAUCCAAAUUCUAUGGUGACCAUUAGCACAUGUACUGGACUCAGGGGCUUACUACAGUUUGAAAAUGUGAGUUAUGGGAUUGAGCCCUUGGAGCCUUCAAUAGGUUUCGAACAUGUGAUUUAUGAAGUAAAACAUAAGCAUAAAGGUGUUUCUUUAUAUGCUGAGAAGGGUAUUGAACCAAGAGAAAUGCCCUAUAAAAUACAAAGUAUAGAGCCACCCUCAGAGUUCUCUCAGUAUAUAGAAAUGCAUGUCGUAGUUGAAAAAAAUUUGUACAAUCAUAUGGGUUCUGAUACUAUUGUUGUCACUCAAAAAAUCGUCCAGUUGAUUGGACUGACCAAUGCUAUUUUUACAUCAUUUAAUAUUACAAUAAUUCUCUCUUCAUUGGAACUUUGGAUAGAUGAAAAUAAAAUCCCAGUAACUGGAGAUGCUAAUGAAUUAUUACACAGAUUUUUAAAGUGGAAAAGAUCUUAUCUUGUUUUGCGUCCACAUGAUGUGGCAUUUUUACUUGUUUACAGAGAAAAACCAAAUUAUGUUGGUGCAACCUUUCAAGGGAAGAUGUGUGAUAACCAGUAUGGAGGCGGUGUUGCACUGCAUCCCAGUACCAUAAGUCUGGAAUCACUUGCAGUUAUUAUAGCUCAAUUACUGAGCCUUAGUAUGGGAAUAGCUUAUGAUGACAUUAACAAAUGCCAUUGCUCAGGAGCUGUCUGCAUAAUGAACCCAGAAGCAAUUCAUUCCAGUGGUGUGAAGAUCUUUAGUAACUGCAGCAUGGAGGAUUUUGCAAAUUUUAUUUCAAAUCCAAAGUCCCAAUGUCUUCAAAAUCAGCCACACUUAGAUCCAUCAUACAAAUCUGUGGUUUGUGGUAAUGGACAAGUGGAACAAGGAGAACAGUGUGACUGUGGGAGUGCAGAGGAUUGUGCUGCUAACUUAAACUCAUGUUGUGAUCAUACCGCAUGUACAUUAACAGUUGGUUCAACUUGUGAUAUUGGUGAAUGCUGUAAAAAUUGUCAAUAUUUGGCAAAAGGAGAAAUAUGUAGACCUUCCUCUGAUGAAUGUGAUCUCCCUGAAUAUUGCAAUGGAUCAUCUGCAACAUGUCAAGAUAACUUUUUUAUUCAGAAUGGGCAUCCAUGUGGAGAGAAUCAAUGGCUUUGUCUGAAUGGAAGUUGUAUAAGUGGGAUAAAACAGUGUGUGGAUUUAUUUGGUGAAGGUGCAGAUUUUGGUCCUGCAGAGUGUUAUGCUCACCUUAAUUCUAAGGCCGAUCAAUCUGGGAACUGUGGUUCAGGUCCUUCAGGAUACAUACAGUGUAAAACUAAGGAUCUACAGUGUGGAAAAUUAAUAUGUGAAUAUAAAAAAGAAGAAAUAAUUAAUAUUCCAAAUGCCACUGCUAUUUAUGCCAACAUAAAUGGACACAUCUGCGUUGCAUUGGAUUUUCCACAUGAUUUUAUAAUUAGCAAAAAGAUGUGGGUAAAAGAAGGAACUGUUUGUGGUAAUAAUAAGGUUUGCAAGAAUAAAGAAUGUGUAGAUGCUGGAUAUUUGAAUUAUGAUUGUACUCCAGGAAAAUGCAAUGAACGUGGUGUAUGCAAUAAUAAAAAGAACUGUCACUGUAACCCUUCGUAUUUGCCUCCUAAUUGUGAAACUAGUGAUGAUGCAUGGACUGGUGGGAGUGUUGACAGUGGAAAUUUUCCGCCUCAAGUAGCUGCUGGCCUUACCAGUUCUGAAAGACGCUACAUUGAAAAUGCUUAUCAUUCCAAACCUACAAGAUGGCCAUUUUUCCUACUCAUUCCUUUUUUCAUUAUUCUCUGUUUACUGAUUGCCGCACUGGUAAAAGUUUAUUUCUAAAGAAACAAAUGGAGAACUGAGGAGUAUACAAGCGAUGAGCAACUUGAAAGUGAGAGUGAACCUAGGGAGUAGCCAGGAAAACAAUCCAUCAUAUCACAAAUAAUUAUCUUCGAUGGACAGAAAAAAUGAAAAAAACAAAAACAAAAACAAACAAAAAAAACCCAAAAAACAAAAACAAAACAAACCGCAGUUACCUGCAUUGCCUGAUUGGGAUUCAAAACCUGCAUGUUAUGGUUCUGAUCUAACAAGAAAAGAUAGAAGAUUUCUCAUAUAACAAAUGUAAUAUAAAUUUAUAGUUACAUAUAAAAUUCUACAGAUGAA